GUGGUAGUAGCUACUGUGUGGUGGUGGUAGCUACAUAGUGGUAGUAGCUACUGUGUGGUGGUGGUAGCUACAUAGUGGUAGUAGCUACUGUGUGGUGGUAGCUACAUAGUGGUGGUGAUCAACUCACGAUGGCUUCACGACGGCUGCUGCUGCUUCUUCAAUUCCUCCUGUGUUUACACGUGCAUCUGAUGCAUGGGUCAAAGUUCAACUCCACCCCCGUGCGCCCCGUAACUCCGCCUCCAACCCAGCCUCUGUCACUCCCCAGCCCCCACGAGGGGAGGAGUGAGGGGGGUGAAGGGGUGGAGGAGGUGGUGGAGGAGGAGGUGAGGGGAGGAGGGGGAGGGGCGAGGAUGGGGGAGUUGGUGCCGUUCACGGGGCUCACGCACAGUCGUCACCUGAGCCGCUCUUGCUGCCUCAAUGGGGGCACCUGCAUCCUGGGCAGUUUCUGUGCCUGCCUCCCUCACUACACGGGGCGGCACUGCGAACAUGACACACGCAGGGCUUGUGAGGGUGGAGUGUCACACGGAGUGUGGGUGUGGAGGAGCGACUGUGUUCUCUGUCGAUGCGGAUCGGGAAUUCUCCACUGCAUCUCGGAAAUCUACGCCGACUGUGAGGAUGGACCUCCCAUCGAUGCAAUCAGCCUCCUGGCAAGAUCCUCCCAUGGACCAUCAUCGUCGUCAUCAUCAUCAUCAUCACCAUCAUCCACCUCCUCCAUCCUCCUACUCCUCAUCCUCCUCCAUCUCCUCUUUAACUUCCUCCCUCCACAUCACCCCGUCUAGCACCACCAUCACCAACACCACCACCACCACCAUUAAAGAAGGUCCCCCAGGUAGCCUGUAACAGACUGUAGGGGCAAGUGCUGUCAGCGAGCAGCACCUAUGAAGGCUACCGGCACUG